AAGGUAGACUGCUCAAUGAACAGUACAAAACAAAGGUGCUUUACUAGCACAGGGUUCUACAACAAGGAAGAUGAAUCUGCCACUUCUACAGACAGUAGUGCUGAGAAGGUUUCAGAGAAUCAGGAGAAGACAACACAAGGAAAUUCAAAGAAGAAUUUGUUAAACAUCAUUCAUGAAAUGAAAGUAGAAUUAAGUUCAAAGAAGAAAUUCCAGAUGCUAAAAGCCCUGAAGACCCAGGAGCAAACCAAGGACCAGCCAGAAAGCAUGGAGAGUGCAAGCAGCAUGUUUCAGAAAGCUACAGCAGACAGUAAAGCUAAGAGGCCUCUAAAUCCAGAACUGGUGAAAGCCGCCUCUGCUGUUGCAUCUUCGUUACCUUUUGACAGGAAACGAACAGUGUCAGAUUUACUUGCAUUACUAAGGAAGCAUGAAGAAGCCACUGAUGCACAGAAAAAAGGAGAAAUGACUAACAUAAGCAACGUUAUUGCAGACAUGAAGAUUGGGAAACGUCCUCUCACCCAUGCGGCUUCCAGGCCAUCCCGCCAGGCUUCAUUUGAUGAUGAUGAUGAUCGGCAAGGUGACUUGUUUCAAAAAGGUUCCCUGUCUGAAUUGGCAGGAAGUAAAAGGAGAGGGCUUCAACUAGGAAGGAGGCUUAACAUUUUCCCUGAUACUCCCACUGUUACAGAAGGGACGCCUGAAGCAGAGUCUUCACCUACGCUCUGGGAUCUGGAACUUGCUAAUCAGAUUGCAGCAGUAAAUCAACAGCCGCCUCGGAAUGGCUUUGAAGAGAUGAUCCAGUGGACAAAAGAGGGAAAACUGUGGGAGUUCCCUAUUAAUAAUGAAGCGGGUAUUGAAGAUGAUGUUGAAUUUCAUGAACAUAUCUUUCUGGAUAAAUAUCUUGAAGCCUUUCCCAAGCAAGGACCUAUUCGACACUUCAUGGAACUGGUGAUCUGUGGGCUUUCCAAGAACCCAUAUCUAAGUGUUAAACAAAAAGCGGAGCAUAUUGAGUGGUUCCGGAAUUAUUUCCAGGAAAAGGAGGAACUUCUUAAGGAGAUUGAUCAUCACGAGAAAGAGACAAACCUUAGUUCUGAAACAAGGAGUCUGUCAAAGUAACAAAUGAUAACUUUAAAAAAUCCAAACCAUUAUAGCAUUGUGUCAGUGCGUAAUAAAACAUUAACACCUGAUUUAAAAGCUGUAAUUGUGUGAACUUAAAAAAAGGGGGGAGGGGUAAAAUUUGCCAUUCUUUAUGUAUAUAAAUGAACAAAAUGGAAGGAAUGGUUUACAACUCAUAGACUGUACAUAGCAAAAAUUUCAUUAAUUCUGCAGUACAAAUUCCACAAUUGACUACUUAAUUCAUUUUAAGCCUAUCUAAAAUAACCAGUAAGUAGAUUUCUCAGAAUGGACUUUAUUUUCCUGAUUUCUGCUGUAUGCAUUUUGAAAUUUGAUACUGUCUCUGAAUCUAGAGAUGAGAAAAAGCCAGUACGGUCACAUAUUCCAUCCCCCUGCCAAUUCAGGAUUGUUCUCCUUUGCAUGUUAAUGUUUUAUUUGGUAUAUUUUAAAUAUGCUAAUUGUUGGUGGGUGAGUCCACUGUUUCCCAUGAGAAACUGUACCAUGGCCUUACCUGUUUUACUAUCAAAAAGUGGUUUGAUUUUUUUUCUAUCUUUUUUCCCCUCUGUAUAAUUCCCUCCCCUCCACUUUCUACAACACUUUACAUUAUGUAAAAUAUUUUAAUAUCAUCACAUCCAUGUGGUAUAUUGUCAAACAGCCUUGCUUGCAUUCUGCCCUUUUAUAGUAGGGUUAUCUCUAACAUCACAAACCUGAGCAGCUAAACCCAUCAUUUAAAAACAAACAACCAGCCUGCCACAAAAAUGCCCUAGAACGUGUACAUUUAAUGCCUGCUAUCGUAAUGGAUCAGGGAGGAAAUAUUCAGUCCUACUUCAGUAUCUGGAUUAAGAUUUGUUUAUCUCCUGCCCUGCAAGUUUGAAAAUGGGAGGUUCAGAUCUUAUCAAGAGGUGUAAAGUUGUUGGCCUAUUACUUUUUUGUUUUAUAACCUUGUCUUCUGUUCUAUUGCGAAAUAUUCUGUGAUGCUCAUGACAUAAAUUCCACGUUUUCUCAUAAAUUA